GUGGACCGGGAGGAGGGAACGGACGCGGAAAGCCCCACCUCCUGAAGCGGGCUGUUCGGCAGCCGUCAGUGUGUGUGUUUGUGUGUGUGUGUGUGUGUGGUGGGGGGGUGUCCGCGGCCCCGCUGUCUUGCCGAACGGGCUUUGGCUCCUCCCAGUGGCCGGCCGGGGCGGAAGCAGGAGGCGGUGGCAGCGUGUGCGCUGCUGGUCUCUCCCGCGGCGCUGGGGCCCGCGCUUCGCCGCCGCCGCUGGAUUCGGCGCUUCGCAGGCGGCCGGCUGCUCUUCGCGCUCUCCCGUUCCUCAGCCAGGCCUCCCCCUCGGCCCGUGGCGUCGACCCCGCCGGCCCUCUCCCGCCCCGUCGCACACUCUGGCCACCGCAGCCCCGACCCCGAUGGCUCUGUGCAACGGAGACUCCAAGGUGGAGAAUGCUGGAGGAGACCUGAAGGAUGGCUGCCACCGCUACGAAGGAGCCGUUGUCAUUCUGGAUGCUGGCGCGCAGUACGGGAAAGUCAUAGACCGGAGAGUGCGGGAGCUGUUCGUGCAGUCUGAAAUCUUCCCCUUGGAAACACCAGCAUUUGCUAUAAAAGAGCAAGGAUUCCGUGCUAUUAUCAUAUCUGGAGGACCUAAUUCUGUGUAUGCAGAAGAUGCUCCCUGGUUUGAUCCAGCAAUAUUCACUAUUGGCAAGCCUGUUCUUGGAAUUUGCUAUGGCAUGCAGAUGAUGAAUAAAGUAUUUGGAGGUACUGUGCACAAAAAAAGCGUUAGAGAAGAUGGAGUCUUCAGUAUUAGUGUGGAUAACACAUGCUCGUUAUUCAGGAGCCUUCAGAAAGAAGAAAUUGUUUUGCUUACCCAUGGAGAUAGUGUAGACAAAGUAGCUGAUGGAUUCAAGGUUGUGGCACGUUCUGGGAACAUCGUGGCAGGUAUAGCAAAUGAAUCUAAAAAAUUAUAUGGAGCACAGUUCCACCCUGAAGUUGGCCUUACAGAAAAUGGGAAAGUAAUACUGAAGAACUUCCUCUAUGAUAUAGCUGGGUGCAGCGGAACCUUUACGGUGCAGAACAGAGAACUUGAGUGCAUUCGAGAAAUCAAAGAGAGAGUAGGCACAUCAAAAGUUUUGGUUUUACUCAGUGGUGGGGUGGACUCAACGGUUUGUACAGCUUUGCUGAAUCGUGCUUUAAACCAAGAUCAGGUCAUUGCUGUGCACAUUGAUAAUGGCUUUAUGAGAAAACGAGAAAGCCAGUCUGUAGAAGAGGCCCUCAAAAAGCUUGGAAUUCAGGUCAAAGUGAUAAAUGCUGCUCAUUCUUUCUAUAAUGGAACGACAACUCUGCCAAUAUCAGAUGAAGACAGAACCCCACGAAAAAGAAUUAGCAAAACAUUAAAUAUGACUACAAGUCCUGAGGAGAAAAGAAAAAUCAUUGGGGAUACUUUUGUUAAGAUUGCCAAUGAAGUAAUUGGAGAAAUGAACCUGAAACCCGAGGAAGUUUUCCUUGCCCAAGGUACUUUACGCCCUGAUCUAAUCGAAAGUGCAUCCCUUACUGCAAGUAGCAAAGCUGAACUCAUCAAAACGCAUCACAACGACACAGAGCUUAUCAGAAAGUUGAGAGAAGAGGGAAAAGUGAUAGAACCUCUGAAAGAUUUUCAUAAAGAUGAAGUAAGAAUUUUAGGCAGAGAACUUGGACUUCCGGAAGAGUUAGUUUCCAGACAUCCAUUUCCAGGUCCUGGCUUGGCAAUCAGAGUAAUAUGUGCUGAAGAACCUUAUAUUUGUAAGGACUUUCCUGAAACCAACAAUAUUUUGAAAAUAGUAGCUGAUUUUUCUGCAAGUGUUAAAAAGCCACAUACGCUGUUACAAAGAGUCAAAGCCUGCACGACAGAAGAGGAUCAGGAGAAGCUGAUGCAAAUUACAAGUCUGCAUUCACUCAAUGCCUUCUUGCUGCCAAUUAAAACUGUAGGUGUGCAGGGGGACUGUCGUUCCUAUAGUUACGUCUGUGGAAUCUCCAGUAAAGAUGAGCCUGACUGGGAAUCUCUUAUUUUCCUGGCUAGGCUUAUACCUCGCAUGUGUCACAACAUUAACAGAGUUGUCUAUAUAUUUGGCCCACCAGUUAAAGAGCCUCCUACAGAUGUUACUCCCACUUUCUUGACAACAGGAGUGCUCAGUACUUUACGUCAAGCUGACUUUGAGGCCCAGAACAUUCUCAGGGAGUCUGGAUAUGCUGGGAAGAUCAGCCAGAUGCCGGUGAUUUUGACACCAUUACAUUUUGAUCGAGACCCACUUCAGAAGCAGCCUUCAUGCCAGCGAUCCGUGGUUAUUCGAACCUUUAUUACUAGUGAUUUCAUGACUGGUAUACCUGCAACACCUGGCAAUGAAAUCCCAGUAGAGGUGGUGUUAAAGAUGGUCACUGAGAUUAAGAAGAUUCCUGGUAUUUCUCGAAUUAUGUAUGACUUAACAUCAAAGCCCCCAGGAACCACUGAGUGGGAGUAAUAAACUUCUUGUUCUCUUAAGUACUGUGUGCAGUUUAAAUUGAUUAGAAACCAUUCCCAGUAUUGACGUGCAGUGCUGUGAAGAGUCCUGGAGCAGCUACAUCACAUCUGCGUUCUCUACAGCAAAGCUCUGUGGCCUGAGGGCUGAGCUGGGGAUAACUAAAAGGGACCGAAGAGUUUGUACGGGUAUAAUCAAAGCAUCAUUGCCUACACUCAGACAGCUUGACACUGCUUUGCCUUUGCCUCACUUGUUCUUUAUGUAUAUAAUCACUGUUGCUCUUGAUGUCUCUGUCAAUGACGAUGUGUGAAGGUGGGUGAGUUUGGGGAUAGUAAUGGGCUUCUGUUCCCUUGCCAGUUUGUAAGAGCUGUUAGAACCACCCCUUUCCCCCCAGCCCCCCUUUUUUUUUUACCGCUGUGACUUAGUAUGUAUACCUUUUGGAAAAACCGAGUUUCCCUGUAAGUAACCUUAUUCCUCCAGAGGUUAGGGAAUGGAUGAACGUAUCAGGUAAGGGUACUGGUGGGCUGUUCCAGCUACUUUUCACAGUACACUGGCGCUAUGAAAUGUAAGCUACCUUAAGAUGGGAAGCACCAGGAAUUUCUUGAAAUACUUUGGAAUUUUAUGAUAAUCACAACCAUGGGAGAAACUAUGAGUGGUUUCAGUUUAAAAUGUUUUCAACUCGCAUUGCACAUAGAUGUCAUAUUGCUGAUUGUCACUCUUACAAGUAAGGAGCUUUAUCCUUCCCACCUUAUGCUGACAGCUCCCACAGCCUUGUAUAAGAUUUUUCUGCUCUCUCCCUAGAAGAGAUUAUAAAGUUUGAGCAUUUUAAUAUCAUUUGACUGCUCAGAGGGGAAGCUCUAAGACCACAAAAACCAUUGUGCAUAACCACAGCUUACAACUGCAUGCCCACAGUUUAUAUCAUCUAGUAAAGAGUUAUAAAAUGAACUCUUAGAUGUAAUCUGUAGACAGGUUUAUUACCCACUGCUCGAGCAGAAGACUGUGACCAAUCUUGUGCCAUGCAAGCUAUUGCCAAACCUUAUAAUCCUUCUACCAGCUGCAAGACAAGAACUGCUGUAGGACUUGUUGCCAUUGCCCCAGUUUCUACCAGAUCCUUUAAAACAUUCGUAUAAGCACUAUAAAAAUAGACAGUGUUAGACUUAAAUUCUGUAACCACUUCCCACUCAAUAUUUUAGCUGCUGUUACUAUUUAAGAACAUGACCUUUCUUUUUUCAUUUUUUUAUUGAGGUGUAAUUGACAUAAAACAUAUUAGUUUCAGGUGUUCAUGUUUUUCUUACACCAUUUCUAUUUCAGGUUGUUACCUCUUAUUUUCAAAAUCUUGUAUUUGGUACAAAAUUUUGUUUAGGAUUCAGUGUUAGAUAAACAAUAAAAUUAUGCAUGGCAGAUGUCUUCCUUUCAUUCUGGCUGGCCCAGAGGACAAGAAAACUGUGUUGCUGGACCAUCAAGGGAAGAGCUUCUGUCUGUUGUAACAGAUGUCCUUACUUGAGACAAAGAAGUCAAAUGACUUUUAUAAAACUCGAAGGAUUUAUUCUCUGUCCUGAUAAUGAGGUAUUCAUAGUGGCCUUUUGGAAAGAGGAUAUGUUAGCGAUCUGGCCUUAACAGAUUUGGAAUCAUGUUAUUUAAAGCUGGAAUAGACAACCUAUAAAAGGUUUACAAACAUUUAUCUUUAUGUGUUAAAAAAUUCCUUUUCUAGCAAGUGUCUCAUGGUUUUGUAUUCAAGUAAAUAAUAGGAAUCUAGAAAGAAUAGGUAGUAAUAGUGUUUUUUUCCUCUGUAGAACAUUGCUCACUAAGAUGGUCCAUGUAAAAAGGGUGAGGUCAUAUAAACUUGGAAAAUGCUGCUCACUUGUCCUUCCAUCUUGUAGAUUCAUGGUAUACAUUAUAGUCAAAGCUCUCAGAAAUUUUGAAGUUAAAAACAAUUGUUACAUCUUUUUAGCCUCACAUUUUCCUGAUAUUUGUUCAUUCUACUCUUUUUUAUAUGGUCCUACUUAAUACUGGAAAAAUGUUUUCUCUAAAACAUACCUUGUCAUGAUAUAGUAAAAAAUAAAAUAAAAUUUCUGGAA